AUGUUCGACCACGAUUUGGACGGCGUUGUCAAAAAGGAGGAUUUGGUAGAUUAUUGCGAGUCCAGAGCUAAGUAUCUUCUCAAACAAGAACAAAUGGAAACGUUCAUGGAUCUAAUGAACAACGGCUGGGAUUAUUUCUGGGCCGGUCCGAAGAAGAAAGAGAACGUUACUUUUUGGGACUGUGUCUACAACCACGCACGCACCUUUCGGGAACCAGCUUUCCAAGAAGAGCAGAGAAAGUGGUUCUAUGUCUAUUUUGACUCAGUCGCAGACAAAAAUGGCCACGGUUAUGUGACCAAAAAGGAAUAUGAGGAGUUCCUGGGCAUUUUUGGCGUACACCCGUUAUCCGUUCCUCCGUCGUUUGAAGCAUUAGACAUAGCUGGUGAUGGUCAGAUCAGCAAAUAA